AUGUGCCAACGUUUCCAGAGCCGCAAUUCUGCGCUCUUUGCCCGUCAAAAGCUGCAUACCCUCAAGCAGCGCGGUUCUGUCACCAAGUACAAUCUCCAAUCCGAGACCAUCCGUUCCGCCCUCGACGAUCUCGGUGAAACUGAUGCCAUGCACUAUUACUUCAUGGGACUCAAGCCCAAGAUCCGUAAGCAUUUUGCCGAAAAUCCCAAUCUCCGUACUGAUCUCUCAACCAUGAUGAACAUUGCCGAAUGUCUCGAUAACGAGCAGUUCCAUAAUGCCUCCAAGUUCCAGCCGUAUACCGUCAAACACCAUCCCCAGCCCGAGUCCUUUCCUUAG